ACUUAUCUGUUGCAAAACAUUAAUUGUCUGUGUAGUGAUGAGUAAGGUAAAUUCAAAUUUUUAGAUCAAUAAAAAUUUCUCAGGCUUCGAAUACCUUUCAGAGUUAUAUAUUGGAGUACGUAUUCCGUAUUCGUCACUAAGAAAUAAUUAAAAUAAUAUCGCAAUGGCUGAAGCUUUAGUUCCACUGGAAUCCAAUCCUGAUGUUAUCAACAAGUUUCUUCAGAAACAUGGGGUUUCUACUAAAUGGAAUAUUGUAGACGUGAUGGGGCUUGAACCUGAGAUGUUAUCUUGGGUCCCUAGACCUUCGGUAGCUGUUACUCUUUUGUUUCCUUUGUCGGAAGCAUAUGAAGAAUAUAAAAGAAAUGAAGAAGCAGAAAUUCUUUCCAAAGGUCAAGAAGUUUCAAAACAUUUAUUUUAUAUGAAACAAAAUAUCAGCAAUGCAUGUGGUACAAUUGCUAUCAUUCAUGCAGUCGCAAAUAAUACUGAUAAAAUCGAAAUUGCUGAUGGUCACUUAAAAAAAUUUCUUGAUUCAGCUAAGGACUUGGAUCCUACAGCUCGCAGCAAAUUGUUUAAUAACAGUGAAGGUAUAAUCAAUGCUCACAAAGAACUAGCACAGGAAGGUCAAACUCAAGCCAAUCCUGAUGAACCUGUCAAUCACCACUUUAUAACUUUUGUACACAAGGAUGGUGCAUUGUAUGAAUUGGAUGGCCGUAAAGCUUUUCCUAUCAAUCAUGGCCCUACAUCUCCAGAGACAUUUCUUGAAGAUGCUGCCAAAGUUUGUAAGAAAUUCAUGGCAAGAGACCCCAAUGAGGUGCGAUUUACUGUAAUGGCACUAGCAGCUACUGAAUAAAUAUCAGUUGAACCUUUUUGUAAUUGUGCUUAAGACUGCCAGCUUUCUAGCUACUAUUUAUUAUACUUAUUUAAAUUCUCACUUUUGUACCAAAAUUGCUGAGCAAGCUUUUAUGUGAUAUUAAAAUAUUUUUAUUCACCA